UAUUUCUAAAACUAAAAUCAAUUUUUAAAUUAAAAGCAGAACAAAAAAAAAAAAACACAAAAGUUUUUUAAACAACAUUUUGAUAAGGAAAUACCCCUCCUUCGUUGGCUAGACACACAGACAAAAUGAUACGUUAAUAACAGAAAUACCUCCAGCCAAAAAAAGCAAUUGAACUUCAACUUCAAACAGCAUGAGAGGUCGACGUAUACCUUUACCCCUACCUAACACGGGGACAAUGCAUCGUAAACGUAAUACUUAUUAUUUAAGGGGCAUAAUUGUGAUAACAUUAGUAAUAUUUUUAUUCCUACAAUUACAUGCUUUUAAUUUUCCUGAUUCACGUGACCCAUUGUUGACUGAGCCCACAAACGAUUCAGUUGAUGCCAUAUUGUCAAUGGUGCCAUCUGUUUUACAUAAAUUUCUAACACCAAAAACUCGUAAUCAAACUUUAGCUGCUAGUUUACAACAUAAUGGUUCUUUAGUGAAUGGUGCUGGCGGUUCUGUUAGUUUUGUUGAUUUAUAUCAUCCUCCAAAUAUAACAGAGAUUAAGCGACAAAUUGCCAAAUAUAAUGAGAUGCAAUUAGUUUUAAAUGAAUAUACAUUUGGUCCGCUACAAAAUGAUUCUGUGAUAAUUGUAGUACAAGUUCACACUCGUAUUACAUACCUACGCCAUUUGAUCGUGAGUCUUGCUCAGGCUCGUGAUAUUUCUAAAGUUCUUUUAAUAUUUUCUCAUGAUUUUUAUGAUGAAGAUAUUAACGAUUUAGUACAGAGUAUAGACUUUUGUAAAGUUAUGCAGAUAUUUUAUCCACAUUCAAUACAAACACAUCCGCAAGAGUUUCCGGGCGUAGAUCCGGAUGAUUGUCCACGUGAUAUUAAAAAAGAUCAAGCCAUAAUACGUAAAUGUAAUAACGCAUUAUAUCCCGAUCUUUAUGGACACUAUAGAGAGGCGAAAUUUACACAAACAAAGCACCAUUGGUGGUGGAAAGCCAAUCGGGUUUUCGAUCAAUUAGAAGUGACAAGAUAUCAUACAGGUUUAGUGUUAUUCCUGGAAGAAGAUCAUUAUGUGGCCGAGGAUUUUCUAUAUCUGUUGGAGAUGAUGCAAAGACGUACAAAAGAUUUAUGUCCACAAUGUAAUAUUUUAUCAUUAGGCACCUAUUUAAAGACAUUUAAUUAUUACACAUACAAUAGCAAGUCAAAACAAAAAUCAUUUAGCAAUCAAUAUGCUUCUUCCUCGCUGAUCUCUACUAACAAUUUAUUAGGAUACUCGUACCAUAGGAAUAGAAAAUCACUACAAUUAUCAUCGCAAUCAGCUUUAACAUCAUCAUCUUCUUCUUCUAAUAAUAAUAAUAUUAAUAAUAGUAACAACAACAAUAAUAAUAACAAACAUUAUUACAACAAUAAUAGAUAUUAUGAUAAUAAUAACAAAAAAUCAUAUGUGGGUGAUACAAAUAUCAAUUCACAUGGCACUUCUUCCAUCACCUCAGCAGCCAGCACUACAACCAAGAGCACUUCUCAAUCAGGUGCACAACAGACAUGGAGCUAUCAUGUCUUACCAUCAUUAUAUUCUGUCUAUCAGAAGGUAGAGGUUAUGCCCUGGAUAAGUAGUAAACAUAAUAUGGGUUUUGCAUUUAAUCGCAGCACCUGGAAUAGUAUACGAAAAUGUCGUCAACAUUUUUGUUCGUAUGAUGAUUACAAUUGGGAUUGGUCAUUGCAACAUGUAUCGCAACAAUGUUUACAACACAAAUUGCAUGCAAUGAUUGUUAAGGGGCCGAGAGUUUUUCAUAUUGGAGAAUGUGGCGUCCAUCAUAAAAAGAAAAAUUGUGAAUCAAAUCAAGUGAUUUCAAAAGUUCAACAGGUCUUACGUAUUGCCCGUAAAUCUGGGCAAAUAUUUCCUAAAUCACUCACACUCACCGUUGCCAGUCUGAUCAAAAAGACAAAGUUGCGUAAAGGUAAUGGUGGUUGGGGCGAUCGUCGCGAUCAUGAACUGUGUAUGAAUAUGACUUUAAUUACUAGAUGAAUUUAAGUAUUUAGGUAAUCUAAUAUAAUAAAUUAGUUUCAUUUUCCUUUUUUUU